UUUGGCUUCAAUUAGCAACAUACGAAGGUAUCAGAUAAAAGUAAGAAAAGAAAAAUGAGGGUCCUCGGCAUUUUACUCAUCUUUUUUGUUCUAUGGACGAAUUCACAGUCAAGUAGACUUGAAAUCGGCCGCUCUAAAGGGGGAUUUCUAGGAUUUGGCGGCUCUUUAAAACCAACUGUAGACAGCAUAUUGUGUAGAGUCAAGACUAUUACAGAUAACACAGCUGAUCAAGUUCAGUCAGCUUGUGCAGACCUGCCAGGAAAUAUUGUUGCAGUGGUAAAAGAAGCUAAGAUAACAUGUAAAACAACAACAAGAGGUUUGAAAUCUCUCUCCAAUAAAUUAGCAAAGUAUUGUCAAGACUCAACAAUAAAUCUUCCAACUACAACGACGACAACUGAUCUUCCAACUACAACGACGACAACCGAUACUCCAACUACUACGACAACAACCGAUCUUCCAACUACAACGACGACAACCGAUCCUCCAACUACAACGACGACAACCGAGAGACCUAAAACAUGCGAAGAACUGUAUCCAGGAUAUAUUGAAAGAUGUAAUGAAAUCUGCUUAAAAGACAGUAGAUAUAUCUAUCUGGGAGGAGAAUGCAAACUCUUUGAAUUUAAUGGUGUAUCAUGCUUUUGUACCAGAGUUACGAAAUGUGAAAAUUAUCAAAAUACAACGUGCCAGAAUAAGUGCCGAAAGAAAACAGCAAACGACGGCUAUUGCAGAGUUCCUGAAAGGAACAUCCCUUGCGCAUGCCGUAUCCAUAUCAAAUAUGACAACUCUUCUAACUAUGAAUAUCCUGAAGAGAUUCGUUAUGAAAAAGACGCUGACAACCACAAAUAAUUUUGCUCCGAA